AUGAAGGUUGCAACUCCAUUGAUGGCGAUCCUCGGCCUAUCUGCGGCCAACCCUCACUACGGGGCGGGUGAUAUCUCCCAAUGGACCGGCCCCGGUGCAGGCGAUUACCGAGGCCCCUGCCCCAUGAUGAACACACUUGCCAACCAUAAUUUUCUGCCGCAUGACGGACGCAAUAUCACGCGGGAUAAACUUAUCCGUGCCCUAGGGGAAGCCCUGAACUUUCAUCCAAGCCUGGCCUCGCUCAUGUUCGACAUGGCAAUUGUUGUGAACCCUGAACCUAAUGCGACCUGGUUUACCCUCGACCAGCUAAACCAGCACAACAUUCUUGAGCACGACGCUAGCCUCAGCCGCACAGACGCCUUCUUCGGUAACAACCACAUCUUCAACGCCAGCAUAUUUGCGGAAACGACGCACUACUGGACGAACACCACCCUGACUCCGCUCAUGCUCGCUAACAGCAAGCUCGCACGGCAGAUCACCUCGCGCGCAUUCAACCCGACGUACACCUUCACGAACAGCACAGAGCAAUUCAGCCUAGGCGAAGUUGCGGCGCCAGUCGUGGCGUUUGGGAACCUGAAUGACGGAACGGUGGAAAAAGAGCUGGUGGAGUACUUCUUCCGAAACGAGCGGUUUCCGACGCACUUGGGCUGGAAGACACGCGAUCAGGUAGUGCAGCUUGCGGAUAUCACAAAGCUGUCCAGGAUUAUUGGAGGCAUGACGGACUUGCUCACCAGUACCGGUGAUGCUGCAACUGCCAGCCCCGCUAGAGUGAAGAGAGCUGAUCUGCACGCUGGCUUCAGAGGCUGA